CCUCCCGUGCAUGGCAACACCAAUUACAUUAGAUUUAAGGCGGGACUAAGUUUACGGCAACAUUACGUCACUACCAAAGCCGCAGUCCUCCCAGGCAGUGGCACUUAGGAGGCGCGUCGCGCGGCUCUCACGGUUUGACAUUAAAGAGAAGUAGGUGCCCGGUGCGACAGGUGUGGUCACCAUGACCGCGGCAGGGGUGGCAGGAGUGGCAGGAGUGGCAACGGUGGCAGCCUUGGACCCGGAGUUUGUGCGGGAGGUGCUCGAGUGCCCGAUCUGCCUGGAGACGUACAACCAGGACCAGCUGCGGCCCAAGCUGCUGCAGUGCGGCCACACCGUGUGCCGCCAGUGCCUGGAGAAGCUGCUGGCCAGCACCAUCAACGGCGUGCGCUGCCCCUUCUGCAGCAAGGUGUCACGCAUGAGCAGCAUCUCGCAGCUUGCCGACAACCUCACCGUCCUCAAGAUCAUUGACUGCUCGGGCUCCGCCUCCUCAGCCACCACCUCCAGCCUAAUGUGUAGGUCCUGCAGGAGCCGACUGCCGCGGCGGCAUUGCCACGAUUGCGGAGUAGUGUUGUGCGACACCUGCGCUGCCGAUGGGCGCCAGCACCAGGGCCACGGUGUUCAGGCCAUUCGGUCCGCGGCCGAACAGCGGCGCCGCGAGCUGGGCGCCCGGUUAGCGGCACUGCGAGAAGCUGCUGGUGACAUCCAGCGCAAGAAGGCAGCCAUCGACAGCGUUUCCCGUUCGCUGCGUCUCAAGUACCGCGCCGUGCAGCAGGAGUAUGCCCGUGCCGAGUUGCGGCUCCAGGAAGAGCUGGGCCGCUCCCGCCGCGCGUUCUCCACUGCCAUGACCGAGGUGGAGAAGCUCAACGCCCAAGUGUUGGAAGAGCAGACCUACCUGCUGAACAUUGCCGAAGUGCAGGUAGUGUCACGCUGCGACUACCUCACCAUGAGGAUCAAGCAGGGGGACAUUGCUUUGCUGGAGGAUGGCAGCAGCAACGAUGAAGACGAGCUGGACCUCAAGAGCAGCCUGCCCACUGUUUUGAAGCUGCAGGACCCCGAGCUGGUGAAGGCUGAGUACCCAAAAGCUUUGGAGGUGGGCCAGCUGACCACCAAACCGUGUACCAUCAACACGGAUGAAGAAGAUGGGCAUGAGCUGCCCGGUGCUGCCGCCGCCCCACCGCUGGACCUGUAUCGGGACAUUGACAUGAUCGCGGCCGUGGAGGACAGCGUCUGCUCCUCGCCAGGGAGCUUCAAGUCCAAAUCCGUGGAUGGUGGUGGGGGAGGGGGACCCGCAGCAAGGGCGGGGGGGCAAGGCUCUGGUUCGCAGCUCUGCCAGUUCGUGAAGAAGAUGGGGUGCAAGGGGAACCUACCAGGCAUGUUCAAUCUACCCGUAAGCAUCUGCGUGACGACACAGGGCGAGGUGCUGGUGGCCGACCGUGGCAACUACCGCAUCCAGAUCUUCAACCGUAAGGGCUUCCAGAGGGAGAUCCGUCGCAACCCCAGCAGCAUCGACAACUUUGUCCUGAGCUUCCUGGGUGCCGACCUGCCCAACCUCAUCCCACUGUCCAUCGCCAUCACACCACAGGGACUCAUUGGGGUCACGGACAAUUACGACAACUCGGUCAAGGUGUACACCACCGACGGGCACUGCGUUGCCUGCCACAAGAACCAGCUGAUCAAGCCAUGGGGAAUCGCCGCCAUGCCCUCUGGGCAGUUUGUCGUGUCGGAUGUUGAGGGCGGCAAAUUGUGGUGCCUGGCGGUGGACCGCAACGUGGGUGUGGUCAACUACAACCGUCUGUGCUCGGCUGUGAGGCCCAAGUUCGUGACGUGCGACCCUUCAGGAACCGUGUACUUUACCCAGGGGCUGGGGCUCAACAUUGAGAACAGGCAUAACGAGCACCACCUGGAAGGAGGCUUCUCCAUUGGCUCCGUAGGCACCGAUGGGCAGCUGGGCAAGCAGCUCAGCCACUUCUUCUCGGAGACGGAGGACUUCCGCUGUAUCACGGGCAUGUGUGUGGACGCUAAUGGCGACCUGCUCGUUACAGAUAGCGGCCGUAAGGAAAUCCUGCAGUUCCCUAAGGAGGGCGGCUACAACGUCCUCAUCCAGGAGGGCCUGACAUGCCCCGUGGGCGUGGCUGUUACCCAGAAGGGCCAGCUGCUUGUGCUGGACUGCUGGGACCACUGCGUCAAGGUGUACUCGUACCUGCAGCGGAGGCGUUCCUCCACCUGCUAGACUCGAGGAAAGUUUAACUGCGUUCCAGAAACCACCCUACUCAAGUCCUGUUCCCUGGGAAGCUAAGCAUUCUGAGAAAUGGCUUUCUCACCAGUGACUGAUGUGCCGUUGGUGGGAUUCCAGAGUGGUGAAGAGGAGGAGGAGGAUCAUAACGCAGCCUGUCUGCUCAAUGGACUGCCCCUCUAUUAUUAUUAUUACUAUUAUUAUUAUUUGUUUUUUUGUAAGACUGUGAAGCAGACAGCAAUAAUUAUCGUAGUCAGGAGAGAUUCCGUGUCAGCAGUUUGUCAAUCACUCUCUCAGACUGUUGUUGUUUUUAAUCAAUUGCACACUACAGAUGCGGCUUAUGAUAAUGACUUAAUAUUUAAGACAAAGAUUCUGGAGCUCUUGGAAAAAGACAAAUCAAAUUUGCUGAGAUUUUUAGAAAAUGCUUACCUGUCAGGGUGAAAGGACAUUCUUUUGAGGGGUAUUAUCAUUACUUGCAAUUUUGUAACCCCUUGCCCUGCAGGUGUGUGUGUGUGUGUGUGUGUGUGUGUGUGUGUGUGUGUGUUAGAGAGAGAAAGAGAGAUUCAGUUUUUGAACCUGCUGGAAACCUAGUAAUGUUACGUUCCACAUUGGUAUAACAGUGGGACGGUUUUAGGCGAAAUUCCCGUGUUCUGUUGAUUGAUUAACUGAUUGGAAAAAGGACAAAUGGUACCAUCACAUUUCUCAUGUGCAGUACAGAUAAUUAUAUUAAUACAUGCAUAUGUUAUAUCAAUGAGAGUGUCAGUAAUAGUUUGAUGUGGUUGCUUUUUUUUCUCAUUUGUUUUGUUAAACUGUAGAAUCAAAUAUCUUUCCUUUGGUUUGGAAUACAGUUCUUGCUUUGUCAUCAAAGGACGUUAAUGUCAUAAUUCCUCAAUUAUUAGUUCCCCUGCAUGCUGUGUAUGGUUCUGGAAUCCUUUCCGAUCAACAUAAGUGUCCUUGUCCACUGUGAAAAACCACACAACUGUUGUUGUUGUCGUUUGUGUCUGAAAAGACAAUAAUUGUUUACUUAAAGAAGAAAAAAUACAGCAAACACUGGUAUGCAGGAUGUUUCAAAAGGUUUUUUUUUUUUUUUUUGGUGAUGAUCUCCAUUAUUAUCAUAUUUAUAGUAGGGUUUCACACUUUAGGAUGUCCACCAAUCUCUGUGUAGCUAUAACUGUUCAUGCUGCUUCUACAUCCCUACACUGGGUGGAUAAAAUGAUGACAAGAGUGUUACUAUUAAAGAGCUUUUCUGUAUGUGUAAAGUGUGUGUAAAGUGAGUCUCCGUUACACAUAUGAAAUGUUUCUGCUAAGUGUAAUAAACUUGACAUUAAAAAUGUUUAAACUGUCUUCAGAGAAAAAGAGACACUUAAAGGCUACCCCAGCUGAAGAAUUUGUUCUGUUAGUUUUAUUAAAUUAA